AUGGCUGCCGCAUCCCAACCCCAGGACCGCCCGGAGAGCGACGUGGACGAGGAAUUCAUCGACUACGAAAGCGAGCCCGAACCCUCGCCCACCAGCCAGCACAACCCCGCCGUCCCAGCGCUCUUCACCACGCCGCCGCCCGUCCGCGACGCCCUCCCAACCGCCACCUCCAAGCUCCAAGACGACACCCUCCGCCAGUGCCUGCCCUUCCUCGCCGCCGACCCGGGCAGCACCGCCGCCAACCCCGCGCGCAACGCGCACGGCGUGCCCGCCCUGCUGCGCGACAACCACGUCAAGUUCCUCGAGAAGCAGCUCGGCCGCUUCCCGGCGCCCUACGUCGCCGCCGACGCCAGCCGGCCGUGGUUCCUGUACUGGUCGCUCAACGCGCUCGCGCUGCUGGGCUACGACACGGCCGUCUACCGCGACGACCUGAUCGCCACGGUGCGCACGAUGCAGAACCUGCCCGGGGGCGGCUUCGGCGGCGGCCACGGGCAGAACUCGCACCUCGCGACGACGUAUGCCGUCGUCCUCGCGCUGGCGAUAGUCGGCGGCGAGGACGCGUACGAGGUUAUCGACAGGAGGGCGAUGUGGCGGUGGAUCUGCUCGUUGAAGCAGCGGGAUGGGGGCAUUCAGAUGACGUUGGGCGGCGAGGUGGACGUGAGGGGAGCAUACUGCGCCGCCGUCAUAGUGACCCUCCUCAACCUCCCGCUCGAGCUCUCUACCGACUCGCCGGCCUGGACGCCUGAGCGGCCCACGCUCUUCACCGGAUUGGCGGAUUAUGUACGCAGAUGCCAGACGUUCGAGGGAGGCAUAUCGGGAAAGCCGGAUGGUGAAGCACACGGGGCCUACGCCUUUUGCGCGCUGGGCUGCCUCUCGAUUCUCGAUACUCCGCAUCGCAUCAUUCCAAAGCCGUCGGACGCAUAUCACACCUGCUAUGUGCUAUCUGGACUGAGCUCGGCCCAGCAUCGGUGGGACCUCACAUACGUCAAUGAAGACGAGACGAUUCUGCCAGAGCCCAAGUGGGUGGUGUCGCCUUGCGCCGAGGGAGCACAGAUUUUCGACGAGGAGGACCGCGUCGGGACGAUCCACCCCGUCUACACCAUUCCUCAGGAGAGCGUCGACGACAUGAAGGCGUAUUUUGCGGCAAGGCAGGGAUUCUAG